GUUAUCCAUAUCAAAAUAUUUGACAUCAUAACCAUAGCAUGGUUAUAUUGUUUAAUGUUUGUAUAUGAGCACGAAACAUACUUGCAACUUUACACAGAAUUUUCACACACAGCACUUUUAGCACUUUAUAAAGGUAAAGUAAUAAGAGCAAGCCAACAACCACAUGCGCAGGCAGUCUAGGGGUGAGGACAAUGGCCUCGCAAGUGAGAAGACGAUGGUUCGAAUCCCAUUACUGUAAAAUAUUUUUCAUUAUGACCUUAAACAAAAUAUUUUGGUAAAGUAAUAAGAGCAAGCCAACAACCACAAGCGCUGUCUAGUGGUGAGGACAAUGGCCUCGCAAUUGUUAAUAAGAUGGUUCGAAUCCUGCAUUGGUUAUUUUUCAUUGCAAAAAUAUUGACGUGUCACAUGUGUCACCAACAACCUAGCUUUCUUUGUUUUGUACUGGUAUAGAACGACUGUAUUCUGAGAUUUGGUUUCAAAAUAUCAUCAAUUCAAAUAUAUAGUCUUGUUGGAAGAGCAUCGCACUGUUUUCAAUAUUUCCGGCUUCCUACCAGUGCUUCCCACCCGUAAUAUGAGCAUUAGCAUAAAGUGCAGCAUUGCUUCCCACGUGCAAUUCACAACAACUCCACGUGGUGACAAUUUAAAGCUCAAGAAAGUUAUUCGAGAUCAUAUAGGUGGCAUAAAAAUCAUAUCAGUUUACUGAAACGAAAUCAAAUUCCUUUCCUUCAACUCUUUCUUGCUGUUUCACAGUUAGCCUGUAUACAAUCGGACACAUCCUGGGGUUGCAUCAGCUUUCAAUAAUUGAAUAUGCAAAAUAAAAAAGCGUUAUUAUUCCACAUAAACAAGCGUGUCUUAUUUGGCCUUUUGACACGAACACAUCCGUUGGUCUAAUAUAAGAAAUGGUUUCAAAAUUGCUGAAGGCCGCUUCGGCCUGGCAAACAACACUACACAAAUCGUUUUGGUGGACAUCGAUGAAAUCUAGCAAGUCAUUUAGCAGAUAUUCGACAAAGGCACAAUCAGCUACAUUAGUUCUACAAAAUGGCACAACCACAACAUCAUUACAAGGCUACUCUUUCGGUGAACCCAAGUCGACUUCUGGUGAAGUUGUGUUUAACACUGGACUUGUUGGCUAUCCAGAAGCCCUGACUGACCCAAGUUAUCGAGGACAAAUUCUAACACUGACUUAUCCAAUCAUUGGGAACUAUGGUGUCCCAGACACCCAAGCUGUUGAUGAGUAUGGACUUUUAAAACAUGUGGAAUCUGGCAAGAUACAUGUUUCAGCUCUGUUAGUUCAAGAUUACACAGAUGGAUACAGCCAUUGGAAUGCUGUCAAAUCAUUGUCAGAAUGGCUGCAAGAAGAGAAGAUCCCUGCGUUGUAUGGAAUUGAUACUAGGAUGCUGACAAAGAUUGUUAGAGACAGUAACACAACUUUGGGUAAAAUCGUCUUUGAAGGUGAUCCAAUUGAAUUUGAAGACCCCAAUCAACGAAACUUGAUGGCGGAAGUCUCAACACAGACAGUGCAAGUCUUUGGCGAAGGUAAUCCACACAAAGUGAUUGCUAUUGAUUGUGGCAUCAAACACAAUAUUAUCAGAAAUCUUGUUAAGCGCGGAGCCGAGGUCCAUCUUGUGCCAUGGGACUAUGAUUUCACGAAUGAAGACUACGAUGGAUUGUUCAUCUCGAACGGACCCGGUGAUCCUGCUCUGGCUCGCAAGGCUAUUGAGCACACGGCAAAGGUUAUUGAAGAUGGAAACACGCCUGUGUUUGGCAUUUGCAUGGGAAACCAAAUUGCUGGUUUGGCUGCGGGUGCUCAAACCUAUAAAUUACCAUUGGGGAACAGAGGUCAUAAUCAACCCGUAAUAAAUCUACAAAAUGGGCAAGCUUUUAUUACAUCCCAGAACCAUGGAUUUGCUCUGGAUGAGGAUACAUUACCAGCAGAUUGGGUGCCUUUGUUUAGGAAUGCUAAUGAUCUUACAAAUGAGGGCAUCAUGCAUACCUCCAAACCUGUGUUUACCGCGCAGUUUCAUCCGGAAGCAUUUGGGGGGCCAACUGACACUGAGUUUCUCUUUGAUAAGUUCAUCAAUCUUAUUCGUGAUCCUAAUGCAACGGUCGCCUCAGCAUUGAGCCCAGCGCCUAGAAAAGCCGAGCGUCUCAAGGUUUCAAAAGUGCUGGUGUUGGGAUCAGGUGGUUUGUCUAUUGGUCAGGCCGGAGAGUUUGAUUAUUCCGGUUCUCAAGCAGUUAAAGCUUUGAAAGAAGAGGGGAUCGAAGUUGUUCUAAUGAAUCCAAACAUCGCCUCUGUUCAAACGAACGCCGUGGGUGAAAAACAGGCAGAUCAAGUUUAUUUUGUUCCAAUCACCCCGGAAUACGUGGAGGAUGUGAUCAGAAAAGAAAAACCAGACGGAAUCUUGCUGUCAAUGGGCGGGCAAACUGCUCUCAAUUGUGGUGUGGAAUUGUGGAAGUCUGGAGUUUUUAGCAAGUAUGACGUACAGGUUCUGGGAACAGCAGUUAAGUCUAUCAUAGCUACCGAAGAUCGCCAGAUAUUUGCUGAUCAACUGAAAGAAAUUGGCGAGAAAAUUGCUCCAAGCUUUGCUGUGAACUCGGUUGACGAGGCUAUCGAGGCCGCCUCCAAGAUUGGGUAUCCCGUCAUGGUCCGAGCCGCGUAUGCUCUCGGUGGACUGGGCUCAGGCUUGUGUGAAAAUGAAGAGAAACUGAGACAAACUACUGAAAAGGCAUUUGCUCUUACAAAUCAAGCCCUGAUUGAAAAAUCUCUGCUCGGUUGGAAGGAAAUCGAGUAUGAAGUGGUUCGUGAUGCCUCGGAUAACUGUGUGACAGUUUGCAAUAUGGAGAAUUUUGACCCUCUUGGCGUUCACACUGGUGACUCGAUUGUUGUUGCUCCCAGUCAAACUCUGUCGAAUGAGGAGUACCAUAUGCUUCGGGAAACAGCAAUAAAGGUUGUUCGUCAUUUGGGAAUCGUUGGUGAAUGUAAUAUUCAGUACGCCCUUCAUCCAACCUCGCUGGAUUAUUGCAUCAUCGAAGUGAACGCAAGACUAUCGAGAAGUUCAGCGCUUGCUUCCAAAGCUACCGGCUAUCCAUUGGCUUUCAUUGCGGCGAAAUUAGCUCUUGGCAUUCCAUUGCCUGAUAUCACAAAUGCUACCACGGAAAAAACAAGUGCUUGCUUUGAGCCCAGUUUGGAUUAUAUCGUGACGAAGAUUCCUCGAUGGGAUUUAGAUCGUUUCCAUCAGACACCGAAAGAAAUCGGCAGCGCUAUGAAAAGUGUCGGCGAGGUGAUGGCAAUAGGACGAACAUUUGAAGAAAGUUUUCAGAAAGCCAUGAGAAUGGUUCAUCCUGCUGUGGACGGGUUUGUAGCAAAGGUUCCAGUGGCCCAUCAAAAAGGAUGGAGUGAAGAUCUUGAAACUGCUUUGAAAGUUCCUUCGAAUACACGAGUCUACACCAUCGCAAAGGCUUUACAUGAUGGUUAUACAGUCGAUCAAAUUCACGAACUCACAAGCAUAGACCGAUGGUUCCUGCAGAAAUUGAAGAAAAUUGUUGAUAUCGACCAUAAUCUGGCUAAUUUGGACUGGAAGAAUGUACCGGGCACAAUCCUCGCAGAAGCGAAGGAGGCCGGAUUCUCAGAUCGACAGAUCGGAAAAGUGAUUGGCGUGCCAGAGAAGGAUGUUCGUCAGAAGCGGAUUGAAGCCAACAUCAAACCUUGGGUAAAACAGAUUGACACAAUGGCUGCGGAGUACCCAGCGAUGACCAACUAUUUAUAUAUGACAUACAACGGUCAGGAACAUGACCUGACAUUUGAUGAACAUGGUAUUAUGGUUUUGGGUUGUGGACCGUAUCAUAUUGGCAGCAGCGUGGAGUUUGACUGGUGUGCUGUGUCAGCGAUACGAACUCUGCGCAAUUUAGGGAGGAAAACGGUUGUUGUGAAUCACAACCCAGAGACCGUAAGCACAGACUACGACGAAUGUGAUCGACUGUACUUUGAAGAACUAUCUUUGGAAAGAGUUUUAGACAUCUACCAGCAGGAGGAAUGUGACGGGACAAUCAUCUCCGUCGGGGGUCAAAUUCCUAACAAUUUAGCAUUGCCACUCCACGAGCAAGGCGUUAAAAUAUUAGGAACUUCUCCGUUGAUGAUUGAUGCAGCUGAAGAGAGAUCUCGUUAUUCGCAAAUUUUGGAUGAAAUCGGAAUCGAACAGGCACCGUGGAGAGCCUUGUACUCCGUGAACGAUGCCUUGGAUUUUGCGGCAAGCGUUGGCUAUCCAUGUCUAUUGAGACCUUCCUACGUCCUAAGUGGUUCGGCGAUGAACGUGGCGUACGGUCCCGAAGAACUCCUGAGAUAUUUGGGUGACGCAUCCAGAGUUUCGCAGGAACACCCAGUUGUGAUCACGAAAUUUGUAGAAAAUGCCAAAGAAAUAGAAAUGGAUGCUGUCGCGAAAAACGGAGAGGUUGUAGUUUUUGCCAUUUCUGAGCACGUUGAAAACGCUGGCGUUCAUUCGGGAGACGCUACGUUAGUUUUACCGCCUCAAACUAUUAGCGAAGAAACGAUAAAACAGGUUAAAGAAGCGACAAGAAAAAUUGCUAAAGAGUUUGAAAUAUCAGGUCCAUUCAAUACGCAGUUCUUAGCCAAAGAUGGAAAAGUUAUGGUUAUCGAGACUAAUCUCCGUGCGUCAAGAUCCUUUCCGUUUGUGUCCAAAACCACGGGAACAGAUUUCAUUUCUGUUGCAACCAAAGUAAUGACGGAAUCGCCUUUGGCAGACGGUGAAACACGAGAUUUGAAUUCGCCUGUUCUACCUCAUGGCUACGUCGGUAUAAAGGCGCCAAUGUUUUCCUGGCCACGAUUACGUGAUGCUGACCCUGUUCUUAAAUGUGAAAUGGCUUCCACUGGAGAGGUUGCUUGUUUUGGUCCAAACAUCCACACAGCCUUUCUAAAAGCUCUGCAAUCCACCGGCUUUAAAGUUCCUAAGAAAGCGAUUCUUAUCGGAAUUCAGCAUUCGUUUCAACCCGAUUUCCUUCCAACCGCCUAUCAACUUCAUCGUCUCGGAUUUGACAUCUAUGCUACCCAGGCCACGGCCGAGUACCUGAAUGCUCACAGAAUUCCCGCGAGAACCGCGCAAUGGCCACUCAAGGAAGAGGGCCCGGACCCUAGCGCUACAAGACUUAUCCAAGAAGGAGUGGUUGAUCUUGUCAUCAACCUGCCCAACCAAAACACCAAAUACACGGAAAACAAUUAUCUCAUACGUAGAACAGCGAUUGACUCCGGAGUUCCACUUUUGACAAACUUCCAGGUUGUUCAACUUUUUGCCGAAGCCAUCGCCAAGGCUCCUUACGUUGACUCAGGAAGUCUUAGCCAUUAUCAAAACCCCUCACAAACAAAAGUAUAAAGAAAGAAUAACUUCGUAUUUCAAAACUAGUAAUUUUAUCAAACUGUUGGUUUUUAAUGGCACAAUAGUUUACAGUAGGUAGAGCAAAGUUUUUUUGAUAAUUUUCUUUAUGGAAUUUUAUCAGCAUUUGAAGAAUGUAUUAUAUUCUACAACUUUAUAACAUUCUGGGUUAUUCUACACAAUAUGGCCGCAGUGUUCAUUCAAAACACAAUUUUGAUUUAGCUUCGUAUAAUGUAGUUAGCAUAAACAUGGCUUUUUCAAUUGAAAAGUAUACUCUCUUCAAAAUCU